UGUCAACAGGUUCAAUGUCACUUUAAAUAAUUUAUCUCUAUCGGUGCGAGUUUUAUUAAAUAUCAAUUUUAUUUAUGUAUUUUUCAGAAAAAUGGGUGUUAUUUUAAAGUAUGUAGUAGCCGGUUUGGUGCGUUACUGGCUAAUAAAUUUGGAUUAUUGGCAAACAAUAGCUACGAGAGUAGAAAUAGCGACGCCUCUAAACUCAUGGAAGAGGUUAAUGGAAGGCGUUUAUUUAUAUGAUCAUAACAUUAACCCUUACGAAGGAGACUCAUUUCAUGAAUCUCCUAUAAUGCUACUAGCGUUCUACUAUAUCAUGAAGAAAGUGCCAUUUAUUUUGCCGGUUUUAUUUACGUUACUGGAUCUCCUGACUGCUCAUCUUCUUUAUAAGACUUCCAAGGCUUUUGUACGAAUUUUUAAGGAGUCGCAAGAGAAGAACCUGCUUGAAGUAGCUGAGGAAUCUAAGCCCAUGCUUCUGGAUGAUAGCCAGUUGAAGGAAUCGGCUGAAUAUGUGUUAUCAGUAUACUUGUUUAAUCCAUACUCUGUUUUGAAUUGUGCUGGCAUGACCACAACAGUUGUUCAGAAUUUGUUGGUUGCUACUGCUCUGUGGGGUGCAUCAAGUGGUCAGAGAAUAGUGGCGUGUGUGUUCAUAGCACUGGCCACUCACCAGGCUUUGUACCCGCUGUUGCUCAUUGUACCUAUUGCUAUACUUCUGGCUGAUGUUAACAAAGGAUGCACUAAAUGCUCCUAUAUUAGAACACUACUGGUAUUUGUGUUGAGCUGGGGAUUCCUUAUUUAUUUAUCAGCAUACAUUAUGGAUGGUUCUUACAAAUAUGUCUAUAAUACUUAUGGUUUCAUAUUGACGGUGCCUGACUUGAAACCAAACAUCGGGUUGUUCUGGUAUUUCUUCACUGAAAUGUUUGAACAUUUCCGAGUGUUGUUUGUGUGUGCAUUCCAAAUAAAUGCCCUGGCCCUGUACGUGGUACCACUCACUCUGCGGUUCAAGAGAGAACCAGUAUUACUUGCUACCGUGCUUAUCGCCCUAUCAACAAUAUUCAGAUCUUAUCCUUGUGUGGGUGACGUCGGCUUCUACUUGGCACUAUUGCCUAUGUGGAAACAUUUAUUUACAUUUAUGCAACAGAAAUUCAUAGUGGGCUGCACAUUUAUCAUCACAUCAGCUCUUGGACCAACAGUUUGGCAUCUCUGGAUAUAUUCAGGAUCAGCCAACGCCAACUUCUUCUUCGGAGUCACGCUCUCUUUCGCCACGGCACAAAUAUUCCUUAUAACAGACUUACUGUUUGCUUACAUUAAGAGGGAAUUUACUUUAAAACAUGGAUCAUCACGUCAAGUGGAUGGAAAGCCGGCCAAAUUAGUACUUCGAUAAUAGUUUUAAAUGUUUUUGUAUUUUUAUUAUGUAGCAUUUAACACUGCUGUGAAUAACUUACGUUUUAUUUCCAUAGAGCUUAAUUUUGCUUAACAUGGGUUAUAAAGGUUAGUGCAUUUUUGCAUAAAACCUUUUUUUAAUCCAUCCAACAUACAUAGUAUUAUUAUAUUUUAACAUUCGCGACCUAAUAACAUAUAAUAUUUAUUCUGUUAACAUUUAUAUAAUGUGACUGGUUUAUAGAACAAAUGAUUUCUUAUAUAAGUUUAGUCUUUAAAGUUGUAUUUGAGAUUAUAUGACUGCAUAGUUAUGAUUCCAAAAGUUACAAGCCAUAUCACAUGGCAAUACAGGUCUUUGCAUUUAAAUUGAAGUAGCCUAAAGAAUGUUUAAAUGAGCACUUUAUGUAUAUUUUGGGUGGCUCACACUAGGCACAUGUCGAAAUGUUACUAUUAUUUACUGGAGAACAAAUAAAACCAACCAUAUGUUAAUUUAAAAUAGGUCUUAAGAUUUUUAGCAAGAGACGUUAUGCUUCAGUCAACAUCUGUUGGUAGGUACUUCGAAAUCCUAUUAAAACCUUUAUUUUUUCUACUUAAAUUACACGUUUUGUAAUAUAAUA